AUGGUCCAUUCUCAUGAUGGUGAACUACUUUCGCAAAAUAAGGGCAAAAAAAGCUUAAUCAAUCGCGCUGCCGUAUCGGCGCAGCAGAAAUGUACGAAGCUAGAUCUGAAGUCGUUUCUGUCUGCCAUUGUAUUUGAUGAUUUUAGUGGCGUGGUACUUGAAAAGGACGAGGGCUCUCGUAUAGCACAAGCUCUUGGACCCCGUAAAGCUCUUAUUCUUCAAAAUCAUGGGUGUAAAGCUAUUAAAAUUAACGAAAUGUAUGCGAAAAUAACGCAUGAUUUCUUGGGACGCCAUUCGCCGCCACAUUACGAAAUGAUUGUUUCUGAACAACCUGAACUUCUGGAAUAG